UAUUUGCGACAGCUGGCGCACAAGUGUCUAAAUUUUCAUUCGCGUUCGGGAAGUGGAUUUGAUCGGACGGUUUUUGCCCAUUCCUUCCAGCAAAGCGCGCUCUCUUCGAGUGUUUCGAUGGUUUUCAUUUUUCGCUGCCAACAAAAGUGAGAGUGAGUGAAGCUCAGGUGAAACAAGUAUCGUGCCGUAUUAUUGCAGAGGUUUUUUUUUGUUUUUGGUGCAUAUUACCAGCAGCAGGGAACGAAAGUAGUGCUGUUGCUGUAGUGCAAGUGCAUUCACUAAAAUCAAACACGGUGUCGAACGCGACUGGAAUAUAUGGAACUUGCGCUUAGAUAGUAUUUGCUCUCUGUUUGUUUGUUUUGUCUUGCUUCAUGCGUGAGAAAGAGCGGUGUAAUAUUUAGUAAUUUUUGGUGGCCCGAUAACAUUCGAAGAGAGGAAUCCUACACACGCCUCCAAAGAGCAAGAAAGUAAAAACAAGAGCUCGCGUCACCUCGGAACAACAACAUCAACAGCAGCAAUACCAAACCAAACGAAAACUAGUUUGUGCAGAACGUGCGAUACGUAACGUUUCGCGGACCUAAACUCCCAAGAUAUCGAAAGGAACGGACAUGACAGAAGUUGUUUACAUCGGUGGUGUUGAAGGUGGCGCAACACACUCGAAGUUGGUGAUUUGCGACCAGGCCGGCAAUGUCGUGGCAUCCACCAAGGGCCCCGGAACGAACCACUGGAUGGUGGGCAUUCCGGAGGUGGCCAAACGAAUCGACACAAUGACUCGCGACGCCAAGGCACAGGCCGCUAUCUCCGAGAAUCACCGACUGGCCGCGAUGGGACUGUGCCUCAGUGGAGCCGAGCAGGACGCAACCAACAAGCAGCUGGAGAACUAUCUGAAAACGCACUAUCCCGAUGUGGCCGAACGGUACACCGUAGGUAGCGAUACGAUCGGGAGCAUCGCAACCGCUUCGAACGUCGGCGGAAUGGUGAUAAUAUCGGGCACCGGUUCGAACACUUUGCUGCGCAAUCCGGACGGAAGCACGUACGGCUGUGGUGGCUGGGGACACAUGAUUGGCGAUGAGGGUGGAGCUUGGUGGAUCGCGAAAAAUGCCGUCAAAACAGUAUUCGACCACGAGGACAAUCUCCAACGAAGCGAGUUCAGUAUCGACAGGGUCUGGGAACUGAUACAGGAACACUUUGGAGUGAAGGAACGUUCGGAUCUGUUGGACCAUUGCUAUGCCAAAUUCUGUAAGCCUACGUUCUCCGGAUUGUGCGCAAAGCUGGCGAAAUGUGCCAUGGAAGAGGGAGAUCCGUUGUGUCGUAAAUUAUUCGAACAGGCCGGCCGGAUGUUGGCCCGUUCGGUGUGCGCCUUGACGCCUCGUAUCAGUCCCGCUCUUAUCAGCCAAUGUGGUGAGGUUGAUAUUGUGUGUGUCGGGUCCGUCUGGCUUAGCUGGGAGCUACUGGAGCCGGGUUUCACCAAGGAGUUGGAGAGUGCCAAAUUUAAAUAUGAUCUGAAGCUGCUGACGCUAACCAAGUCGAUGGCGCUUGGUGCUGCCUAUUUGGCCGCCGAUACAGUCGAAUUGGAACUGCAGAGAGAUUAUUCCAAAAACUAUGAAGUUUUCUACGGUCAUCGGGCUGUUCUGAAUGGAACAUCGAACGGAGCCGCUAAUGGGAUGAAUGGUACAAAUGGUACGAGCAAUGGGACAAAUGGUUUAAACGGGACGGAUUGCAAAAAAAGCACGAAUGGAACCGCCAAUGGUCAAUGCACGAAUGGUACCAAUGGAUCGUCGCAUGAAGAAUGAACAGUUCACUAUUAGUUAAUUGUUUAAAUACGCCACAUAUUGUAUGUACGCAGAGAACUGAGAUUUGUUAUAUAUAGGCACCAAUUUGUACUACUAGUAUAUGUUAAGAAAAAAAAAUGAAUUGCACAGAUAUCGUAUGGAUGUGAAAAUUAUUAUAGUCGCAGUGUAAAAAUAUACAUUUGUAUGUA